AUGUCGGCGCCACCGGCCGUACAGAUCCGCGAGGCCAAUGCGCACCUUGCGGCGCUGCACGGGCGCGUGGCGGAGCUGGAGCGGCGGCUGGGCGCGGCCGAGCGCACGGUGCGCGGGCAGGCGGAGAGUCUCAUCCGCAAGGACGGCGAGCUGCGCGCGGCGCUGCGGGAGCUGGGGGCUGCCAAGGACAGAGAAAUUACUGCUCUGCAGCAGAAGCUGCUCUCAUCUGAGGAGACAAUUCAGAAGCUGUUGAAUGUUAUCCAGAAAAAAGAUGACUUAAUUGUACAGCUGAAGCACAGGAGUCAUCUUCUGACUAAAAUCUGCAGAAACCGACCCAUCCUGGACAAUCUUCUGUCUUACAUGGCAGAAGGGGAACAGUUAAGUACCCUUCCAGGGACCCAAAGUGAUUCCAGUUCUCCGGUUCAUGACGAGUUCCAGGAGUCAAACUGCAUCACCAACCAGAUAUCAAAGCACAAAGACUUCUCUCUCAGUGAAGAUGACCUGGAAGAUCAGGAAUUGGAUACGAGCCAGUUUGGGACGACAGUGUGAACUGAGUGUGGAACAUGACCUUUGUUACAAAUGCUCCAGUUCCGAUUUUCAAACAUCCUUCUGUUUUUUAAUCUUGUCCUGAAAGAACCAGGUUCAGAUGGGAGUCUGUCCCCCACUCCCUCAGUUCUUGCAAGUAGCCUUUUCUAUACCUCCUUCAUUGAGGACUCAGGAAAGUAGGCUUUAUGCAAUACUACCUACUUGAGCGGAUACUAAACCUUGAUGAAAUGGGCACUUAUGGGUUUUCCACUGUUCCUUUAUCAUGGGGAUCUUUUAAUUCCUCCUGUCCUUCAGUAUUUACUUUCCUCUGUGACCCCAAACACUUCAUGUUAAGGAUACUUAAGUCAAACGCUAUAUGCAUAGUAGAUCUUCCAGCACUGGUGGCCAAAUGUAUCACCAUCCACUUUCAGCUUCUGUUGGCCUAAGUGCUGCUCCUCAUCCAGGUCUGCUGUAUAUCAGAGCCAUAGACAGUGAUUGAUUAGAGCAGGAUGUUUAUAUACCAAAUUCUAGGACGUGAUGUCUGAGUCUAUAAACCUAUAAAAUAUUGUGCAGUCUUGGGAAUGAAAAAUCUAAGUGCUCAAAGUUCUACAUGUUUCAGUCAAAGGACGUAUUAAAUUAGUGAAAAGCUAUCUUUUCUGGGAAGUUUGGCUGCAUUGAUUUUAGUUAUAUGUUGAAUUCCUAACCUGGUGUUUUGUUUUUGAGAUUAGAUUUGUUAGUUAAGGUUAAUCAAAUCUCUUUUCUUUUGCUCUAUGGAGUUAGCACAGAAAGAAGGAAACUAGUGUAUGGGUUUGAGGCAGAUUCACAAUGUAAAUGGAGGGAAUCCAUUUUCUGAAAUUCACUUUUUUCCAGAUUGUGUCUUGUCUGUUUUAAAAUUAGAGUGGAGGAAUUAAGGGGAAAAUAUCACAUUCACUAGUAAGAGGUGUAGUCACUACAGUUGGUGGUGGGAUUUUAAGGAAUGUUAUGCAUAAAGUUAAGUUUCUGGGUAGAAAGGUUGGUUUCUGACUUGAUCACUCUGACUUGCAUUUAAAACUUGGUAGAAAAUUUAAUCUAUUUUUAAGCUUUUUAAAAUUCUGCCUCUACUGUCCUCUUACAGCUUUAAGAUUGGCACCAGUCACUGAAUGGAAACUUUGCUGCUGCACAAAGUGGCCAGCUGUAACCUUUCUGCCUUUGUCUAGAACAUGUAGAUUUUCUCUGUGGUCUAACCAGAUUUCUUUUCCAAAUUCAUCUUGUUUAAACUCUCUGACUGACAGCAGCUCUAUAUGCAAUUCCCUGUAGCUGGCUAAGUACUUUUUUAUAUCUAUCAUAAAGACCUGCUU